UGAAAUAAUUGAUCUAAUUAUCCUAAAUCACCCAUGUUAACAAAGGCAUGGGGAUCUCAAUCAUACCAAAAUUGCUUGCCUAAGUAUUUUCCUUCGGGUGUCGUAUAGGUAGGAUAAUAUUAUCCUAACCUAGGUGUGCUCUGAGCCGGGUAAUGACCGCAUCUCUGACUUUUUUGCCCCGCCCUCACAUCGCGAUCGCCUCCCUCUAUCCUUCUUUCAUACCACCAUUUCACAGCCCUCACAAUGGCCAAAUCCAAAGGCAAGCGGAAGCACCAAGGCCCGCAGUUUGACACCCUUUCGAAAAAGCCCAAGACGACUGCCAUUGUCACCCCUCCCCCGGACCAAUCACAAUCGACCCCGGAUGUUGAUCCCAAGAGCAUUCAGGCUAUAGGGCUGGAACCGGAUGACAUUGAACUUGCAAUUGACACGCUGCGCGCUUUAUCCGAGAAUCCCAACGUCAUCAAGUCAAAAGCAUGUAAAGAUUUAAGAACCGCCGUCUACGAAUUUCGCCAGGCUUGCACUACCGGCUUCAAUGCGAACGCAGCAGGUGGGACAACUAUGGUCAAGUCAAGAGCUUAAUGCUAAUGAUAACCAGGAGACACGAAUCUUACGGCUCGAGUCAGUGGCGCAUUGGCAGAUGGCGGAUAUGUGGAGGCACGAAUUCUCCUCGCUGAAAUGCGAAUUCGGGGCAAAACACCAAAACUGGGGGCGCUGUGUCGCUGGGUACGAGAUCUGGAUGUAGUGAGUGGGUUGGCAGAACAAUUGGACGGCAUAUCGAAAAGAACAUCGACUGAAGAGACUCUUUUAGUCGUGCUCGAUUCCAUUCUUCGUCUUACUGGACCAACAGACUACAAUGUGGGAGAAAAAGUGACUGGGCCCAUCUCACCAAUGGCAGAAUGGGAUCUGAGAGGCGACUCAAUAAGAAGGGACACCUACGCCAGUGUUCUGGAUGGCAGCAUAUCAUCUUCGCUCCCAAAAGAUACCAAUUCGAAUUUCCGAAUUAUCGAGACAACUCCUGGUCUUCAACGAAAGCCAGCAAAUCUUCACCCCGCCAUAUUAUAUACUUCCAAAGAGGACUCCAUAAACCUCUCAUCUACCCACUCAGACGCAACUCACCACAAACACCCCAUAGUUCCAAAUCUUCACUUGCUGAAAGAUGUAUUGAUGCCUGAAGAAUGUACACAGAUAAUUGCGGCUGCUGAAGCCAUAGGAUUUACGCCAGAUGCGCCAAUUCGUGAUGAAGGAGAGGAGAGUAGUAUAUUGGCCCACAAUUUCUACUGGGUUGUCGAUAACACCUUUUGUUCCAAACUUUGGAGCAGAGUCCAAUCCUUUGUCCCUCAGACCGUAGGUGGAAAAGGUGUCAGGGGAUUGAAUCGCCGGUUCCGAGUUUAUAGAUACGUACCCGGGGCAGAGUAUCGAGCACAUAUCGGUAAGAAUCACCAAGCAAUCUCAUACUUGUGCAAAUUACUCAUCGGUUCACAGAUGGCGCAUGGCCUCCUUCAUCGGUUGAUCCCCAGGAUAAGUAUAUAUAUGAUUCCUCCCCACCAGAAGCCAAACAAUCAUCUAUCUUCACAUUCCUUAUAUACCUAAACGAUGAGUUCGAAGCUGGAGAAACCACAUUCUUCUUACCAAGCGCAAGAGAGGGUGUCAUGAAUGCAUAUCCUGUCAAGCCCAUUCAAGGAAGCGUGGCAAUGUUCCCUCAUGGGGAGACGGAGGACAGUUUGUUACACGAAGGUACGGGCGUCAGAAAAGGCCAAAAACCAUCAGCCAAGUACGUCAUACGCACAGAUGUACUUUACGAUGUCGAUUCGGAAUAA